AUGACGUCCGAACUAAGCCCAGAGAUAUGGGAUCAUAUUCUCAGUCUAUGUCGAGAGAAAGACGAUGAGGGAUUGUUCGUCUCUCAGAAAACGUUAGCAACUUGUUUGCGGGUUAGCAAGACAUGGUAUCUUCUCGCCUCACCUUACCUAUACUCCUCGCCCAUCAUCAAAGACAUCCACAACUUCUUCGUCGGUUCCGACAAACCCCUCUCUUCCACUCUCUCCGAAUCUCUGGCUUCCUCAAAAGUCUCAUCUCAUGAUCUAUACCUCAAAAGUAUAGAAGAGGGCAAUACCAAAUUACCCUUACUGCAUCAAAUACAACACCUUCGUAUAUACCCUCACUCCCUUCCUGAAGAAUGCGACGACGAGAAAUUAGAUCAAGUCAUCAACAUACAACGUGAUUCAUACACUCAAGCUAAGGAAAUACUAUCCAACUGUCAAGGUGUAAUAACUCCUCGACUUAAAUCGAUUUCGUGCGAUUCAUAUUUGAUACCGACAGGAGACAGGGAAAGGGAAAUCAGUGAUAUGUUAUUUAGAUCAAUUAGAAAUAUAAAACUUAAUCUUCUCUCUCACUUGCAACCAGAACAUUGGUGCGAAUUUGAUUCACCUACAAUGUCAUUAUCUGGCGAUGUAUUGAAAAUGACCAAGAGAGGUGUGUUGCCUCAGAUGGUAGAGAUUCAUACGACAUUGGAAGAUCCACCUGUGAUUCAGUGGGGCACCAAGAAUAGAUUGACAAUAAGGGAGAAAGAGGAUGUGAGAAAGUAUCUCUGGCCAGCUGUAAAUAAUUACGAAAGUACCAAUACAAGUACUGCUACUGGGGAAAGAAACAAAGUAGGGAAUGGAAAUGAAAAUGGAUACGAUAAUAUCGAUUGGCCCGUGGAUUCUGUUUCCGUUAUAGACCAAGAAACAUGGAUAGAGUGCAUAUGCGAAAUGAUCGAAUACUCUAUGCCUCUCGAACCUGAGGAUCGGAAUGCCGAUGGACUCGAACAAAGUAAAAGCGAGAGUGAGAUUGAUGGUGAUACGAUAUUGGAAGUAUAUGGAAUAGAGAAAUUCCUAACUAUCUCAUCAUCUAUGGAAGGUGUUGGUGAGAAUUUACCUUUCAUCGACGAAUCAACUGUGAUUGAACCGAAGGUUCUUUACCGCGACAUCGACAUGGAUUGUCUAGCCAGUAUAACAAAAUCCAGAUUCACUGCAGAGGAAUUAUCAAGGAGACAAUCAAUUUAUCGAUCCAUAUCCCUCAAGAUGGAAGAACGAAUUCGAGAAUGUUUAGAGAUCAACGAACAAGGCCAAUGGAUAGAUACCGGAAAGAAAGCUCCUACGAUCAAGCUUUACUUAGCGAGUGAUUAUCCAGGAUGUAGUUCGUGUGGACAAGGGAAAGGAGAUAAGUGGGAAUUGGAUACUAGACCUAGACCACCGCCGAGGGACGAUGAUUCAGAUUGGACGGAUGAUGACCAUGAUGAAGAUGAUCAGGAUGAUUGGGAUGAUGAUGAUGAUGGACAUGAUUUUGACGUGGAUGAUUUCAUUGAAUAUGACGAUGAUGAUAUAUACGAUGGUGGUGGAGGGGAUUAUGAACCGGAUGGAGAUGAUGAUGAUUGGCAAGAUGAAGAGUACGAUGAGAACGGGGUUCAGUAUUACAGUGACGAAGAUGCGGUGUAUCAAUUUAUAGGUGGUAUUUAA